UCUUGGAUCUAAACAGAACGUCAGUCUUCCAUAGCCCUUUUGGAUUUCUUGAUCUCCAGACAAUGCUGCUGGAUGAAUAUCAAGAGAGACUCUUCGUGGGAGGCAAGGAUCUUGUGUAUUCCCUCAGCUUAGAACACAUCGGCAGUGACUAUAGAGAGAUACACUGGCCAAGUACAGCAGUAAAAACAGAAGAAUGCAUAAUGAAAGGAAAAGAUGCCAGUGAGUGUGCAAAUUAUGUUCGGGUUUUGCAUCACUAUAAUAGGACGCACCUUCUGACCUGCGGUACUGGAGCUUUUGACCCCCUUUGUGCCUUCAUCAGAGUUGGAUACCAUUUAGAGGAUCCCCUUUUUCACCUGGAAUCACACAGAUCUGAGAGAGGAAGGGGCAGAUGUCCUUUUGAUGCCAGCUCCUCAUUCAUCUCCACUUUAAUUGGUAGUGAAUUGUUUGCUGGACUCUACAGUGACUACUGGGGCAGAGACGCUGCCAUUUUCAGGAGCCUGGGGCGACUGGCUUAUAUCCGCACUGAGCACGAUGACGAGCGCCUGUUGAAAGAACCAAAAUUUGUAGGUUCGUACAUGAUCCCUGACAAUGAAGACCGAGAUGACAACAAAGUGUAUUUCUUUUUUACGGAGAAGGCCCUGGAGGCAGAAAACAAUGCCCAGGCAAUUUACACCAGAGUGGGGCGACUCUGCGUGAACGAUGUAGGAGGACAGAGAAUCCUAGUGAACAAGUGGAGUACUUUCCUGAAAGCUAGACUGGUUUGCUCAGUACCAGGAAUGAAUGGAAUUGAUACAUAUUUUGAUGAAUUAGAGGAUGUUUUUUUGCUGCAUACCAGAGAUCAUAAGAACCCAGUGAUAUUUGGACUCUUCAACACUACCAGUAAUAUAUUUAGAGGGCAUGCUAUAUGUGUCUAUCACAUGUCCAGUAUCCGGGCAGCCUUUAAUGGGCCAUAUGCACAUAAGGAAGGACCUGAAUACCACUGGUCACUCUAUGAAGGAAAAGUCCCUUAUCCAAGACCUGGUUCUUGUGCCAGCAAAGUGAAUGGAGGGAGGUACGGAACCACCAAAGACUACCCUGAUGAUGCCAUCAGAUUUGCAAGAAGCCAUCCACUUAUGUACCAGCCCAUAAAACCUGCCCAUAAAAAACCAAUACUGGUGAAAACAGAUGGAAAGUAUAACCUGAAACAAAUAGCAGUGGAUCGAGUGGAAGCCGAGGAUGGCCAAUAUGAUGUCUUGUUCAUUGGGACAGAUAAUGGAAUUGUGCUGAAAGUAAUCACGAUUUAUAACCAAGAAACAGAAUCAAUGGAAGAAGUAAUUCUAGAAGAACUUCAGAUAUUCAAGGAUCCAGUUCCUAUUAUUUCUAUGGAGAUUUCAUCAAAGAGACAACAGCUGUAUAUUGGAUCUGCUUCUGCCGUGGCCCAAGUCAGAUUCCAUCAGUGUGACAUGUAUGGAAGUGCUUGUGCAGACUGCUGCCUGGCUCGAGACCCUUACUGCGCCUGGGAUGGCAUAUCCUGCUCCCGGUAUUACCCAACAGGCACACAUGCAAAACGGCGGUUCCGCAGACAAGAUGUUCGGCAUGGAAAUGCAGCUCAGCAGUGCUUUGGACAGCAGUUUGUCGGGGAUGUUUUGGAUAAGACUGAGGAGCGAUUGGCCUAUGGCAUAGAGAACAACAGUACUUUGCUGGAAUGUACCCCGCGAUCUUUACAAGCAAAAGUUAUCUGGUUUGUGCAGAAAGGACACGACACAAGAAAAGAGGAGGUGAAGACAGAUGACAGAAUGGUUAAGAUGGACCUCGGUUUACUCUUCCUGAGGGUACGCAAAGUGGAUGCUGGGACCUAUUUUUGCCAGACAGUUGAACAUAGUUUUGUCCAUACAAUCCGUAAAAUCACCCUGGAGGUUGUGGAAGAGGAGAGAGUGGAAGAAAUGUUUACCAAAGACUACGAAGAGGAUGGGCCUCACAAGACGCCUUGUCCUGUUCAGAGCAGCAUCCCACAUGGAACAAAACCCUGGUACAAGGAGUUCUUGCAGCUGAUUGGUUAUAGCAACUUCCAGAGAGUAGAAGAAUACUGUGAAAAGGUAUGGUGCACGGAUAAAAAGAGAAAAAAGCUUAAAAUGUCCCCUUCCAAGUGGAAGUAUGCCAACCCACAGGAAAAGAAGCUCCGUCCCAAAGCCGAGCACUAUCGCCUGCCUAGGCAUGUGCUGGACUCCUGAUGGGGCGAAACCAGCUACUGGCUUCUGACGAAUUUAUAUUUAGAAACUUUAAAAAAAAAAAAAAGAGAAAGAGAAACCAUCCACCUUCUUUGCAUUACUUAAAAGAGAUU